CUUUUGUCUGUGACAGACUCGUUGUGAUAAAGGCAGACCUUGUUCGAGUUGUCGAGCUUCCGAUCUUGUCUGUCAAGCAUCCAGUAUCAGGCCAAAGGAGCAGAAGCAGCGAGUUCUCAUAUCGAGUAAAUAGUAAGUCAUGCUUCAGUACCGCAUGUUUCCCGUCUAUUAUCUCUUUUCCAGAAGUUAUAUAGGCCUAUGUGACUCGUUUGCUAUUCAUGCUGAACUGUGCUUUCGGACCAUCCCUCUGACGCUGGACUCCAAACUUGACGAAGACAAUCUAACUGCAUUGUCAAGUGAAUCCAAAAUCGAUGGCAUUGGAGAUCAACUUGCCAGAAUCGAGCAAGCCUUGCAACAGGUGCAGAUGGCUUCACCACAUCUUUCUGGAUUGAACCAUCGCAUGCGGACGCCAUACUCGGUCAGUGCCAGUCUUAUGCCGUCACCGGAGUCACAAACAGCAAAUUUUGAGGGAGAAACGUCUCUCAAUACCUGCUCAACCCAAGCCGCCGAUCAAGUCCAGGCCGCUCUGGGCAAUACUCAGAUAUUACAAGAAGAUCCGGACUUGGCAACUGCUUUGAAAUCUCUCAGUCAAGUAAUUCUGGCUCAAAAUGAACAUCCUGACACUCACCCACCGGCUAGUGCGGAGAGAGCCGUGACGGACAGGCCAAAGUACAGUUUGCCUCCUGCAGAGGUCGUUUCAAGAGUACUACGAGCCUGCGAAGGCUUUUAUGAUACGACCAUUGCUAUGGACUACCCUGUCAGGCCAUAUCAAGAGAUCGUUUCUCUCUGUAAAGAGCUCUACUUCAACAUGAACGAUGUCCCCGUAGCGAGCUUGACAGUAGCAUUCGGCAGCCUCUACUUCAUCUUUGGGUACUAUGAAUUUGUUUCGGAUGACGAUGGAGAUGAGCUCGACUCAUACACUGAUAUGUUCUUGCGGAACAUGCUGGACUUAUUAAACAUACUGCCGAUACUACUAUCGCCUUCUAUAGAUAGUUUGGAAGCUUUAUUACUUGGUGCUUGUUAUGCGAUAGAAUCAUCGAAACCCUCCAUGUGUUCAGCACUAUUGUCGCAGGCGACCCACCUUUGCCUUAGUUUAGGCUAUCAUCGUUCAACCUCGAUGACUUACGACUCACCAAAGACUCGAGGCCGGAAGAUCAACCUAUUUUGGUUCCUCUACUAUAUGGAUAAAGGCUUGUGCCUUCGCCUCGGUCGUGCGUCUUUCAUACAGGAUUAUGAUAUUGCCGUUCCUUGGCCAUCCUUUGGUGACGAGGAGAUUUACAGAGCCAGCAACGAGUUUUGUAAAUUCUCAUGCAAACUCGCAGGCCUGCAGGGACGUGUCUAUGAGGAGCUCUACAGCCCCUUUGCACUUCGAAAACCAACUUCGUCAAGGACGGCUUAUGCAGAAGCACUCGCCUCCGAUAUAAGGCAGAUCUCGACUGAACGUGAACAGGUCGGGUUCAUAGCUGGCAUGUCUGAAUAUGCAAAUGAAUGCGCUCUGUUAUCAGACAAAGUUACGAUUUCUGCGACCCUUACUCUGGUGCUCCGAGCCAUCCCGUCAAAUGACGGUAACCUAUUGUCUGCGGCCUGCAUUGCAGCGGCCCGACAAUCGUUGCACCUUCACCAGACUUGUACAGCCAAAAUCAUGGGCAUAGCCGACAAACAUGCGUUCGCAGAGUACCUUCACUGGGCCCUUCUUCACACGCCUUGUAUACCAUAUCUGGUCAUCUUCUGUCACAUCGUUGAAACACAGUCCUUCAGUGAUCUGGCUAUUUUAGGUGACUUCGUAAAAACCCUACAGCCCGCGCGUGGGAUAUCAAGUGCCAUCGGAAAAUUGUACCUCAUAUGCGAUGUCUUCUACCGUGUUGCUAAGCUCUAUAUCAAAGCCAUGACAAGACAACUUGAUGCGUCUGGUUCUGGCAUUCCUGCCCAGUCGAUGCAAACGCUGCAACAAUUGAGAACCGAGCUCAAUCCGUUCAUGACGAGGAUGGGGAUGAACAAUGUGCUUGACGCUAGUUUCAAUCAUGCCAGCAACAUUGAUUCUUGUUCAACUCUGGCACCACCAGACAUAAGUUUUGAUAAGACCAAUUUCUUUAUCCCAAAUAGUGGUCCAGCUGAAUGGUUUACUGAGGAGCAGGUAAUCACAUCGUUGUUAGGCAAUGAUUUCAACUUUAUGGACCCGGAUUUAGUUGUUACAACGCAGAAAUGAGCAGCACUGUUGAGAUGAAGGGCCUACUGGUUGAUUUUCGCGGAUAGUCUGAAAAAGGGAAUUAGAGGCAGUUUAGAACAUAGGCAAGUAGUUAUAGAAUAGUAGAGUGUGC